AUGGGUUUUUACAAGGCUGUGGCAACAGAAAUGAAGUCGGCUAUUCAUACUUUUCUUGACUGGUUUGAUCAUGAACCGGUUUCUUGUAUAGUGGCGGAUGUUAUUAUGACGUCCAUGAUGGGGUUUGGAGGAGGGAACCGCCCUAGUACUCUUCCUCCGGUCGUGUCUUUAUGGACAUCGGCGGCAUCUAUGUUCUUUGCUUAUUACCAUUUUAACCUCGCCAACACCACCUACACAUCAUCCUCAUCAUCUUUAGUGGAGAAGAAGAAGGAAAAUGGGGCGAUAAUUGACAAUAUUCCAAUAUUAGAGUUAGUUAAAUCUGUGCAAAUCUCAUUUGCUAACCUUGAAAACAACCAUGUCACCAAAGGCACUCAAGCCAUAGUCCAAACAGCUAUAACUACACAUGCCAAGCUCAUUUCAUCAUAUGAAGAACUUGAACCCGAAUUCAUUAAUGCAUUGAGUCUGUCUUCCCAUUCCCCUUUAUGCAAUCGGCCCUUCCAUCCCAUACUUGUCCCUCGAACUCAAACAUAA